AUGGACCAGACUAAACAAGAGGAGGAAUAUGGAUACGACUUAUUCCCGGAGAGGAAGACGGGAAAGUACAGGAAGGGAACAAUAGCGGAGAGCCUGUUCACUUUCAACCACAAGUGUCAGGUCAUGUUACAGUUCGCAAUGGAGACUAGUCCGUAUGCCAAACUCCUCCUCAGUGCCAUGAAGAGUUCAGGGUGCCAAGUGUUUAAAGACCGUCACUUCUCCUGUGAGGAUUGUGAUGGGACGGUCAGCGGCGGCUUUGACGCAGCUUCUUCUCAAAUCGUUUUGUGUCAGAACAACAUCCACCAGCAGUCCCAUAUGACCCGAGUGGUCACACAUGAGCUCAUUCAUGCCUUCGACCACUGUCGGGCCCACGUGGACUGGUUCAACAACUACAAACACCUGGCUUGUUCUGAGAUUCGGGCAGCUAACCUCAGUGGAGACUGCGCUUUUAACAAUGAAGCCGCCAGAUUUAACUUCGGCUUGAAGCAGCAUCAUCAGGAGUGCGUCAGGGGCCGCGCCCUUCGCUCCAUCCUGGCCGUGAGGAACAUCACUCGCAAGGAGGCGGAGAAAAUAGUGGAUGAAGUCUUUGACACGUGUUUCAACGACCACGCGCCGUUUGGACGGAUCCCGCACACCAACAAGGACGCUGGGUUUGCCUACAAAGAUCAUCAGAACAGAGAUCGAUAUUAUGCAAACCUUUAGCGUCGUCACAUUCUCGUUUAACUCCCCCCAAGGGUGCUGUGACUGGCAGCGACGCUGACAGGAGCUUGGCAGCGUCAGUGCCGUGGUCACCGUGAAAGGCCUCAACAGAAUGACAGCGUGUCGAAAAAUGAUCGUAUCCCUUCAGAAGGGAUUUUCAGAGAGUGAUUUGUCCUUGGAACAGGAAAGCGAAGGAAGGAGCUACAGUACAUUUCAUUUUCUACCUUCCGGACACUAAUUCUGUAUAAAGAGAUUGUAUGGAGUGAUUUUGCUCUGUAAGUAAAGUAUUAGUGGAGGCCCUAGUGAUUUAUUUGUCAUUUGUUUUUAGGUGGAUUAUGGGUGCUUUUAAGGAAAUACAGGAUUUCCUUUGACUGUCUGCUCUUCAUCUUGUUGCCACAUUGACCUCCACUGAUUUCUUGUAAAAAAAAAAAAGAAAAGCUGAUUGUACUUAAAUUAAA